UUCAACUCCUUAAACCCAGUAGAGACCGCAAAACGCUUGAGCCGGAGCUGACGAGAUUUAAAGAUUGUCUGUUGGUAAGCUACGAAGGCCAAAUGACUGCGACCUCUGAUAAACUGACUAAGCCUGUAGUUACACAUGAUUUAAUCGCUCUGGUUAGGAUGAAGGGAUGGCGUUCUUCUCGAACCUUUUAUGGGUUUUACUACUCGUUGUAACAGAGUCACCUCUCAGGAGUCACAAUGCUACACCGGACCGAAUACCUUCCACAAGAUCUUGCACGAAUUACGCGCUUCAAGAGAACCUCAACUCGUUUUUAUGGUUAGUGAAACGAAAUCCACCGGCUUACUUCUUCGGUACAAUCCAUGUACCUUACACAAGAGUAUGGGAGUUCAUUCCUUCAAACAGCAAAGCAGCCUUCAAGACAAGUCAAUACGUAUAUUUUGAACUUGAUUUGACCAGCAAACCUACAGUUAACGCACUUUGGAAAUGUCAAAUGUUGCCGAAGGGAGGACUUCUCAAGGACGUGUUACCUCGGAGUAUGUAUCGUCGCCUGCAGAGGCAUUUGAGGUACAUUAAGAAAAGGAUCCCUAUGUGGUUGAAAGAAAAUGAUGGAGAAUAUUACCAAGGAAUGGCGCCUUACGCCGACAAAAUAUUCCAGCUUCUGACGAAAGACUGGCAGAAAAAGCGACCAAUAUGGAUUAUGCUCAUGGUAAAUUCUCUGACCGAAAGUGACAUUAAAAAUCGAGGAAUACCAGUUUUGGAUCAGUAUCUUGCCUCGGAAGCUGCCAGAAAUGAGAAAUUCACGGGAGCAGUAGAGGAAGUAGAGGAACAGUGCCAGCCACUUAAUUCACUAAAGGAUACACAGGUGGUCUUUGCUUUAAACCAAACACUUAACUUUCAAGAAAAGCUGCGAGUUGGCAAAGCCCACUUAGCGUACACUACAGACGAUCUCAUAGAUCAUUAUAACUGUGGAGAUCUUACCUCCUUUCUUUUCUCAACUCAAUCAACGCGACUGCCAAGUAUAUCUUCCAAUUUCUCACUGAGGCAAUUAGAGUUGAAGAGGACUCAAGAGAUUGAUCAAUAUUUGAGAACGGAGCUCAUUUUCAAACGGAAUGAGCGCAUGGCAAAAAGAGUAAUCGAACUUUUAAACAAGUAUCCUGAACGGAAUUUCUUUUUUGCGUUUGGUGCCGGUGAGUGCUAUUAUCAUCCUCAUAAUCAUCACCACGAUCUCUGUUGCCAUCGUCAUCGUUGUUUUUGACGUCAUAUCACUAUCAUUAUCAAUUUUGUCAUCCUUAUUGUUAUCAUUAUCAUUA